CAGAGUAUCAAAAUAUAAUUUCUUAAUCAUUUUAAAUAUAUCUGCCUGAGAUGGACUUAAUAAAAAUACAUCGCGGUUUCACAUAUUUUUUUUACUGCUAGUUUGAAUUACUUUUGACAGGAUACUGGCUUUAUUUAUUCGAUAAGUAUUCUGUUAAAUGAAGGAAUGUUCGCGGUUGAGUCUAUCCACGGAACAGAUCCCAAUUAGCACGUUAAACUCCAGUGUUUACAUGUUCAAAAGUUGAUAUCACCGCGAAAAAAUCAUUUUGGCCCAAUCCACGAUAUUUUAUGCCUGUGAAUAAAAAUGAUUUUACAGUAUUGUUUUAUUUUGCUCCAAAAUAAGUUUCAAUAUAUAAAUGUGUUACUGGCUGCAUUUAGUCAUUUAUAAUCAAAUUUUAGAAAAGAUGACGAAAUGUUUAUACAGUUUCUCCUGAAUUGGAUGUUAUCCUGGAUUUGUGCUGUGAUGAUAAAAGCAAAAAUUUGGAAAAUACAUCGUGAUAUUAUACCUGUUCUGCAUAGCAAGGAAUCGUCUUUAUCUAAAUAUUUAUUUAGUAAAAGAGGACUUUUAAACCGUCCGUUUCGACCGUCAUUUAUACUUAGAAAUGGAUAUGUUCAAACGUUUGUUGGAGUUAUAUACAAUCCACUUGAAGACUGUCAAUUUGAUCGGGAAUAUUUACGAACAACAGACAAAUCAGUUGUCGCUUUAGACUGGUUCAAACAGCCAACAGAAAAGUUAAAACGCAACAGUCCUAUCAUUUUAAUAUCUCCUCGAUUAACAGGGGAUGCUCUAAGUGUUGGAAAUAUUUGCGAACUUGGUACUUUAAGGGGUAUGCGAGCCGUCGUUAUCAACAGACGAGGUCACGGUUCCAGUUUUCUUUUGUCACCUAGUCUAACAAGCAUUGGUGAUACCAGAGAUACAAGAAAAGUUAUGGAAUACAUCAGUAGCAAAUAUCCAAAUGUGAAAAAUGUUGGCAUUGGAAUAGUUGCCGGAUCAGCUACCUUAUUUUCCUAUCUCGGUGAAUUUGGCUCUUCGUCUCUUAUGAAAGCAGCUGUGACUGUAUCCUCCUCAUACGAUAACACUGAAAUUCUGUGUGAACAAAUACCAAAAUUAUAUGAGAUUUACCUUUUAAUUAACCUAAAAUUGAUGUUGUUGAGAAACUGGAAAAUUCUGAACAAAUUCAUAGAUCUAAAGGCGACUCUGGUAAAGUCUUGGAAAUUAAAGGAAUUUGAUUAUCAAGUUUAUUGUAAAAUGUAUGGAAUAGAAACAUUCGAGGCAUUCUGGCAGAGGAAUGAUCCGAUGAGAGAUGUUGAUGAUAUAGCCGUUCCUGUUUUAUGUAUAAAUAGUCUGGAUGAUCCGGUGAUAGUUGAAGAAAAUAUUCCGUUCGAUCUGUUUCAGUUUUAUCCGAAUUUAUUCUUAGUAACUGUAGCGAAAGGUGGUCACUGUGCCUUCUAUGAAAAUGUAUGUGGAGACUCUUGGGCAAUCACACUUAUAAUUAACUACAUAGAAUAUGUUCUAGAGUUUAUUUCAAACUCUAAAUUGUCACAUUAGCAGCAUGACAUGUUAUUGAAAAAUAGUAAUAUGAAAUAAGGCAAAGCUUCAAAGCGAGCUCAAAGAAAUCUGGUUUAACGUUAACAACAUAACAAAAAAACUAUUCACUACUCAAAAGAAAGUGAAAAUUCGUGGGAACCUAUGCACUUGAAAACAGCAAGUUUACAUUUAGUGUCAUCAUACCUGUUACAGCGAAUAUCAUACUUUGCAACUUUUCCAGGAAUCCGAUGACGCGGUGACGUAAUUUCCUAUUCGCCGCGUUCUCGCACUGGUUUUAGGAUUAUUAAUGACAGUGUUUUCAAAUUUCUUUCCAUUUUUCAACUAAUUGGAAUCCCUUCUUGCAUGAGUUUUGAGUGAUAAAUAAUUUUCGGCAAUGGAAUGAAGUUCUGUAUUCACUGCGGAGAGAACUAUUUCUUUUCUGCUACCGGUGGAAGUUUUAUCCAACACAAGUAUGAGAGUAUACGUUACCGUAAAGCUCGAUUCUCGAGCAGACCCUAAGGGUCUGCUCUUCGAGUUCGUUAUAAGAAGAUUGAUUUAGAUCUACACUGUAUUGAAACAUUAUAAAUUGUAUUAUGUUUAAAUUUAAUUUGUAAUACUUUGACAAUUAUACAAGCGGCAACUUAACCUGACGAAUGCAACUGUUUGAUAAUGACAUAACAUGAAAAUUAAAAAAGGACAGUAUGACUUCGGCUAGAUAUUGAUGGGUAACAAAUUAUGUGAUAAAAAUUAAAAAUGAUGUGCCAUUUUUAGAUUGUUUCAUUUCAGUUAAUGCAUCUCAAGUUUCUUUCAAGCUAUUCAACACUGUGUUAAUAUCGAAAUUCAACAUAAUUAUUCCACAUCAAAUACUACAAGUGCAAAAAUCGUGCUUGGAACAAUAACUAUAUUAUCGUUGAAAUAAACAUAAAAGUGAAUUAGAACGUAUUUACAAACCAUAUUCGAUCAAGACAGUGCCAGAAAUAUGUACUGAACUUUCUUUGUUUGAAACUUUAUUUCAUUUCUCUAUUUUAUCGUUUCCUGCCAUUUACGUGAUAUUUCAUUUACAUCUUAAAUGAAAGGAAUUAGAAACAGUGGUAUUAUUCCCUGCUUAUAGUUUGUAUAUUUCCCGGAAUAUUUAAAUAUGGCAAUGUUAGAAGGAAUCAUACGCCUUCUUUAGCUAUAUGCUUAUGGGCCCUUUUUGCACUUAAUUGACGAAAUAUCUUUAUCUUGUGUGGGGUUAUUAUUCAUAUAUUAAAUAUAUCUUUUUGCAUAGUAUUUAGAAAGGAUUAGAAAUAAUCAUGUUAUUUGUAUUAAUCGUGAAAUGUAAAUGUUAAGUUUUUAAACGGACUUUCGUUGCCGAGCAGUUAAGACCUCUAGUUUUGAAUCACAUGCCCCUCAUAGGUGUGUGUUCGGAACCUCGCUUGGUAUCAAGAGAAGAAGCCAUCCGGCUGGCUUACGGAAGAGCGAUGGUUCUGCAGAGAAACCUGUCCGUGAUGACAUAAUGCCCGGAGGGAAACCUGAAGUCUUUCUCCUCUAUAAAAAAAAGCUGGAAUGUCGCCAUAUGACCUAUACGAGCCGAAGCAUUGGUCCGGUGGUAGAACUAUCUGAUUACGAAGCCAGUGUCGUGAGUUCAAGAUGACGGUCUUUAAACUUAAAAUAUCUAACAUUGAGAUGAAAGUCCUGUGUGGGUGUUUUUCACCUUGAAGGCUAAAAAUCCAGGGAAGCUUCUGGAAUUGGAGCUGUACUAUCCUCCAACUAAAAUUUACUAGAAAAUUAUGGAGGAGUCGCCCAUAUGGGUUUCCGUUUGCGACUAUAAAUAGCCUUAAAAACAAACAAUUAUGACCUAUAAUUGCGUCAGUGUGACGUCAUUGUGACGUUAAACUCAAGAAAAAAUGUUAAAUGACCUUUGAAGGUAUUUAGUAGAAAAUGCAAGUUUUAUGUAUAGAAAUGUUUUGACUUUGUAUCUUUCCAAGAAAUUCUUGAUUUGAAAUAGACCCUAAACUUCCAAUAGCUUAAUAAUUUGUAUAAAUUGUACUCUUGACAUUUAAUCGUUUUUGUUUUAUGUAAAGUAUAAUAAAAUACUUGUAAAACAUGUAUUACUAUAACAGGCAUUUCGAUGUAAUAAUUUACAUGUAUUUACAUUCCAGAUGAAAAAUGAUGUGUGUUGAUAUGGACUGGACUGUUUGAACUGACAAAACUCAAAUCAUGUUAAUAAGUAAACAAUACACAUUAUUAAAAGUAUCAGAACUUCGUUUCUUGCACAUGAAUGAGUUUACAGGUGUACGAUUAUUUUCCUGAAAUGUAUUUAUUCAUGCUGUACGAAAAUAAUGAUUGA